AUGGAUGAUGGGGUGGUCCUGAAAAAACGGGGCUACACCUUGGGCGUCAACCUGGGGGAGGGGUCAUAUGCCAAAGUCAAGUCUGCCUACUCUGACCGUCUGAAGACUAAUGUGGCUGUUAAAAUCAUCGACAGGAGGAAGGCCCCUGCUGAUUUCCUGGAGAAGUUUCUGCCCCGUGAGUUGGAAAUCUUGGCUCUGCUCAAUCACCGUUACAUCGUCAAAACCUUUGAGAUUUUCGAGACUUCAGAUGGAAAGGUUUACAUUAUUAUGGAGUUGGGUGUUCAGGGAGAUUUACUAGAGUUCAUUAAAACCAGGGGGGCCUUGCCUGAAGAGGUGUCACGUAAGAUGUUCCGUCAGUUGGCACUGGCCGUCAAGCACUGUCACGAGCUGGAUGUGGUCCAUCGCGAUCUCAAGUGUGAGAAUCUUCUCCUCGAUAAGGACUUUAAUGUCAAGCUCUCCGACUUUGGUUUUGCCAAACGAUGCAGUACAGACGAUCAGGGGAGACCCUUGCUUAGCAAAACCUUCUGUGGCUCUGCAGCAUAUGCAGCCCCUGAAGUACUGCAAGGUAUUCCUUACCAGCCCAAAGUGUACGACGUUUGGAGCCUUGGGGUGAUUCUUUUCAUCAUGGUGUGUGGAUCGAUGCCAUAUGAUGACUCCAAUAUUAAAAGGAUGCUGAGGAUUCAAAAGGAGCACAGAGUAGACUUCCCUCGGUCAAAAGUGGUGCCUGCAGAUUGCAAAGAACUGAUCUAUCGAAUGCUCCACCCUGACACUAGCAAACGUCUCACCAUUGAUGAGGUUCUGGAACAUCCAUGGGUCUUCUCUGCCAAAAUGAAAGAAGCCUCUACAACCAAAAAAGUGGAACCCAGCACAGAGAAGAGAGAAGACAAGCAUGGGCACACAAAGGAAGAGAAACAUGAAGGAAAGAGUGAGCAGAAACAUGACCCAAAGUACCAGUGGGAGAUUGAAACAGGCCAUGAAUGGGUGGACAUGAAACAUGAGGCAAAACACGAAUGGAUGAACAUGAAACGGGACAAGGCAGAUGGCAAGCAAGAAGCACAGGCUGAGCACAAGGAGGACGCCAGGCAUGAGGAGGCAUCUGACUUCAAGGACAGAUCCUCACCUCAGGCAAAGGCUGAGGAGGCAAAGCACCAAUCAAAAGGUGGACCAAAAGUCGAGUACAAGAAUGGAGCCAAGGCAGGGUUAAGGCAGGGAAAAUCCCCAAAUCAGGAAACCAAAACUGAAGCUGAAACUGACAGCAAACUGGAACCAAAAACAGAAGCAAAGGGCAGCAGACGCAAAUCGAGAAGUCUCAGGCUAACUGAUGAAGACCAUCCCGACGACAGCGAGGUCUAUCCUGACCAGGAGAGCUUUCUUGAGGCGCAGAGCAAGGCAGAGCUGAAAAAAGUUAGUUCCAAAAAGUCAAAAUCUGUUGAAAAAAAGGGCAAACAUUCAAGCAAAUCUCGCACCUAG